AAAUCAAGCAGAAGGACGCCAGGAUCGCGCAGCUGGAGGUGGAGCUUAGUGAGGCCAAACGACUCGUCUCCAGAAAGGACAAUGAGGUGUCCAAACUGCACCGAGAGAUACACAAAAUUCAGAGUGUUCUGGCGCAGGCCAGUCCUCCGAUGUCGAACGGUGACCUGGCCGGAAAACUACACGGAAACCAUCUGACGGUGCACAGCAAGAAACAGGGCGUCUCUGGAGAGAGCAGUCACCUGGACGGAAGGAACAUGACCGUCACCGCGCCCAAAUUCGAAAAGGACUUCCGAUCAAAGCAGCUGAUUAAGGAGGCCAUCAUGGACAACGACUUCCUGAAGAAGCUGGACUCUUCACAGCUCCGUGAGAUCGUAGACUCGAUGUACCCGAAGAAGUACGCCAACGGUACUUUCAUCAUCCGGGAGGGAGAAGUCGGGAGCCACCUGUUCGUGGCCGCCGAAGGUCAAAUGGAGGUCAUCAAGGAGGGUCAGGUGCUGGGUCAGAUGGGCCCGGGGAAGGCGUUCGGAGAGCUGGCCAUUCUCUACAACUGCACCCGCACGGCUUCGGUCAAAGCCGUGACGGACGUGCACGUCUGGGAGCUGGAGCGGCGCGUCUUCCAGACGGUGAUGAUGCGGACGGCCAUCCGCCGUCUGGAGGACAACCUCAGCUUUCUGCGCUCCGUGCCCCUGCUGGCCAAACUCAGCAGAGACAAGCUCGUCAAAAUGGCCGACGUUAUUGAGACGGAAACAUACGCGCCUGGUGCCUACAUCAUCAGACAGGGAACCAGUGGUGACGGAUUCUACAUCAUCAGCUCCGGAUCGGUCAAGGUCACACAGAGGUCACCAGAUGGCGUGGAGGACGAAAUUCGCACGCUCAAAGCCGGCGAGUAUUUUGGAGAGCAGGCUCUACUGAAGGAGGACAAGAGGACGGCCAACAUUAUCGCCCAGCCGCCGUCCGUCACCGUGCUGGCUCUGGACAGAACGUCGUUCGCGCGACUGAUCGGUGAUCUGCAGGAGCUGCGCGAUCUCAAGUACGAGGAGCGGCCAGUUUCCCGCACCAGUUCGGCACAGAGCGCACGGCUGCCGAACGAGUUCUCUCAUCUGACACUGGACAGCCUGGACAUAAUCGCCACUCUCGGUAUCGGCGGCUUUGGCCGCGUCGAGCUGGUUCAAAGUGCCAGCGAGCCGGGCAAAACCCUGGCGCUGAAAUGUCUCAAGAAACACUACAUCGUGGAGACUCAGCAGCAGGAGCACGUGCACAGCGAAAAGGAGAUCAUGCUGCGGUGUAACCACCAGUUCAUCGUCAGACUGUACAAGACGUUCAAGGACUCCAAGUACGUGUACCUUCUGAUGGACGCCUGUCUCGGAGGAGAAGUGUGGAGCAUCCUUCGGGAUAGAGGACAGUUCGACUCCGAGGCCUGCAGGUUUUACACGGCGUGUGUGGUGGAGGCUCUGGAGUACCUCCACACACGUCAUAUCGUCUACAGAGAUCUAAAACCGGAGAACCUUCUGCUGGACACAGAGGGCUACUGCAAGCUGACGGACUUCGGCUUCAGUAAAGAGCUGCGGAGUCACGGAAAGACGUGGACUUUCUGUGGCACACCGGAGUACGUCAGUCCAGAGGUGAUUCUGAACAAGGGCCACGACCGGGCGGUGGACUACUGGAGUCUAGGGGUGCUCAUGUAUGAACUCUACACCGGAGCUCCGCCGUUCUCGGCCUCGGACCCGAUGAAGACGUACAACAUCAUCCUGAAGGGGAUCGACAUUAUCGACUUCCCGCGGAACAUUCCCAGGUCCGGGGAGCAGCUCAUCAAACGACUCUGCAGGGACGUGCCGACGGAGAGACUCGGCUACCAGCGGAACGGUGUGGAGGACAUCCGGAAGCACCGGUGGUUCCAGGGCUUCGACUGGGAGGGCCUCCGAUCCCGACAGCUUGCCCCUCCCAUCAUACCACAGGUGAAGGGUCCGACCGACGCGUCCAACUUCGACUGCUACUCGCGGGAUCUGGAGACACCCCCGGACGAGCUAUCCGGCUGGGACGAGGACUUCUGAUGGCCGCUGGACUCUCAAUAAGUGGCGCUGCAGUCGCCCCUAUAGGUGGCGCUGCGAUCGGUGGUAUAGAGGACGCCACCAUAGCGCGCUCCGAUCGGCGCCCUGCUUCAAGCUCGUGAUUGGGUCGCUGUGGUGCCGUGACGCGGGGAGGGCAGCCGCAGAGCUCAGGUGUUGUAUAGGGAGUUUUGUCCUAAUUUAAAAGCAGACGCACCAAAACACGUGCCUAAUGGGACCGGUGACCGCAACGGCGGCCGCCGGGCUGCUUUCGGGUUUGUGUGUGUUCUCUCACCAAAGAGCGAGAAUGACGAGUUAGUGAGUGACGAGUGAGAGAGUGUGAGUUUCAGUGCUUACAGUGAUGAGUGAUGCGGUCAACAUGUGUAUGUGAUAGUAUGCGCGUGAAAGUGGUUAUCUAUACGUAUAUGGUGCUGUUAGAACCGGAUGAUUGAAAUGUACCGGAUGUACUCGUUGGCUUGUUGUCAGGCGAGGCCGCAAAUGUUGAUUGAUGUGAGUCAUUUAUAACACUGGGCUAACGUGUGGGACUGGAGAGACAUGUUUAUUUUUUGAAGUAGUGUCGUGAUAAGCUCCUCUAUAUCGUAUCGUUGACUGGGUGUGUUUUCUAGCUAUCUGGCGUGUGUAAACCUGCCUAGAUCCGGACUGAUUCGGAUAAAUCGACAGGUUUUGUGUCAGAAAGUCGUGGUUUAGGCGUUGUACUAGCGAUAUUUCGAGAGAAGGUCGCUAUCUGGAGGAUUUCUGCUGAUAAAUCCGUGUUCGCCGAUGCCAGAUGAAAACUAGUGGCCAGCUGCGGUAGACAGUUGUUGCACGUGCUGAAUUUUAUCUGCGUGUUUCUGGCGUGAUGGCUGCCGGUGAUUUGCGUCCGAUUUCAAUCACGGUUAAUCCCUAGUGAAGAGUCACCAAUUGUGGGCGUGGUUUCACCCACCAAUCAGUUGCCGUGGUUUUCCGAUGGGAGAUUUUCGUAGCCUGCCUGUUUUAGAUGCGAUAAACUUAAAUUCUGAA